AUGUCCGCCUCCGCCACGGUUUUGCUGGAUAACCAGCUCUCACAUUUCACAAACCUGGACACCCUCUCCGGUCGCGUGGUGCUCCGCCUACCGACAGAAGCGGCCAUUGCGGGUAUUCAAGUCAAAUUAGAAGGAGAAAGCCGCACAAGGCUGUCGGGACCUCGCAAUCCGCAAAAUGUGCACUCUGAGAAGAAACGAACAGAGCUGGAGGUUCACAAGAUCCUAUACAAGGUUGCGACCGUCUUCCCUACACCAGCUGUCGUGCAAACUGGACCUGCGGCGACGUCCUACACAUUCGCAGCGGGCUCUUAUGAAUAUCCCUUUCAGUUCAAGUUCCCAUUCAACAAUGCGUGCAGUGCCCAUAAUAGCAUGCUCACAAAUCUCAAUUUCACUGGCCUAAGGGUCGAGAUGGCCCGCGAUCCCAAUCGACAUGUCAAAAAGACGCUCCCUCCAUCUUUGAGUGGAUUCCCAGGCAUGGCAGAUAUCCGCUAUUUUGUCAAAGCUACCGUCAUCAGGCCUCAAUUUUACAAAGAAAACAUUCGAGCGAUUGUGCCUAUGAUGUUUCUCCCCAUUGAACCCCCGAGAACUGGGAAUCCUAAAGAGGAGACAUACGCUCGAAGACAACACCAAUUUGCUAAAUACCCGAAUGGGAAACAGAAGAAGAAUUUAUUUUCCCGAUCGUCGAUACGAGAGGCCUAUUCCGAGCCCCCUCGCGUGUCCCUGGAUGCUCGACUCCCAAAUCCUUCUAUUCUCACAUGCAACGAGCCUGUUCCAAUGCGUUUGAUUGCCACAAAGCUGACUGAUUCGCCGGACAUGAUCUACCUGCAAAUGCUACAGAUUGAACUGAUUUCCCACACCAAAAUUAUUGCCCAUGAUAUCACGCGGACAGAAACCAAUACUUGGGUUGUUGUGAGUCGCAGCAACAUGGGUCUUGCAUUGGGAAACCCGGACGACAAGGUUGGCACUGACUGGGCCAUCAAUCCCAAUUUGUGGAACAAUCAGCCUUUACCAAAUUCGGUAGCGCCUUCUUUCGAAACAUGUAACAUUGAACGGAGAUAUGAGUUGGAGGUACGGGUCGGCCUGACUCAUGGCACGCCCGGAAAUAUGAAGCCACAACUCAUUGUUCUUCCGCUGCGAAUGCCAGUCAAGGUCUAUUCUGGAAUCGCUCCUCCUCAGGCCCUCUUGGAUGCAAUGGCAGCAGCAACGCAGCAGCCAUCACCUUCCAAAAUGAAACCGCGGCCCACUUGGCCAACGGAAAACAAUCUUGAUACCCCACCCCCAAUGCCACCCCGGCCGGCUGGACCUGUUCCUGUACCAGCGGAAUCAAGUGCCAUCUAUGAUGAGGCACCUCCAAGCUAUGAGGAUGCAAUGGCAGAUAAUCUUAGCCCAGUUGAUGGACCACGCCGCGAGUAUCACCCACCAGACGCCUCCUCCUCCCGGGGCACAGUGGAAUCUGGAACUGAUGCCAAAUUCCCAGCCGAAACUGGCCGAACGCGUGAAGGACUCCUUGCUCCGGAGAGCAAUCUCGAGGUCCAAGGCCGCUCUUCCUCCGAAUCCUUCGACAUGUUGCCCACCACGCCCCCUGAAUCCAUAUCCGGUUCCCCGCCUGACUCCCCUGUGAGGCGCUCCCAAAGCAUGAUGAAGGUCCGUCGGAAUCCCGUGGACGACGAAAGCCCUCCCCAGUAUCAGCCUAUAGCGGAUAGUCAGCUCCGGGCCGCGAGUCAUACCAUCCAGCACCGACCCUCACAGAAUAGUUUGCGCCCUAUGAACCUCGGCGUACCCUCCCGGAAACCGGUGCCGAGCCCGAACAGACGACCUACCACUUAA